AUGGUACUAUCGUCUGGUGGUUGGUGGUUGUGGAAGUGGUGUCCUGCAACGGGCCGCGCGAAUGCAAUUCCCCCUUUCGUUCCGAAUCAACAGAUGGUCGUUCUUUUUUCCCCUACACUCUUUCUGAAAUUUCCUCCGGAUGCCGGACCGUGGACAGUUCGUGUCAGCCGUUUCUCGUUGUUCGUGUUCGAGAUCCUUUGUCUCCCUUGCAUCCGCCAAUUCUCAUGGCCGAUGGAUCAGGACGAUGGCAUGGCGGCGUAA